CACGAUCCGGACUUGACUGAAAAGCCGUCCAACUCAAGCCUCCAUCCGCCAUUUUCAGCAGAUGGAAAGCAAGUAGAGCAUUAAAAAGCCCAAGUCCCCAGGUCCCAACAAAGGCAGUGCGGAUCAUGGCUUUUACUCAAGGGUCAGUGGAGUGUCUAGAGGAAAUUCCUGCUCAUGUGUGGAGCAGCUUGCCAGACUAUCUGAAUCUCGGACAAUCAGCUGUUAAUCCGAGCCGCAUCGGUGUUUGGGCCACAAAAAUGAUCCCAAAGGGGAAGAGGUUUGGUCCGUUUGUUGGAGAGAAGAAGAAGAGGUCGCAGGUGACCAGUAAUGUUUACAUGUGGGAGGUUUAUUUCCCAGCUCGGGGAUGGAUGUGCAUUGAUGCCACAGACCCCCUGAAGGGGAACUGGCUCCGAUACGUGAACUGGGCUCGAUCCAGUGCAGAGCAGAAUCUGUUUCCAUUGGAGAUCAACAGAGCCAUUUACUACAAAGUUUUGAGGCCUAUCGGGCCGGGAGAGGAGCUGCUGGUGUGGUACACUGUGGAAGACAACCCCGAGAUAACAGCUGCACUGGAGGAAGAAAGAGCCAGCAGAAGGAGCUCACCCAGGUCGAAACGAGCUAGAAGAAAGUUGGUGGACAAAUCCAGACAGGCUGGUUUGGGUGGAUUCAAGAAAACAAGUGGAACCAAAACUACUGUCAGGCAAAUGUGGGAGGGGGGAGAAAGUUUGAAGGAGGAGGGUGAGAGACAACCAGAGACCUCUCAGGAACUCCAUGAAGCCCAUCCAUUAGGAAGCACGAACCACAAGCAUUUGCAGGACAUGUCUGCAUCAGCCAUGGACAGCGGAAAUUAUGAGGAAGAAGAGGAAGAAGAGAACGGAUAUGAUGCGCGUGAAAUGCAGCACAAAACCUCAAAGCAAUUGUCCGAGCAGUCCUGCUCGUCACUAUCUGCCAGUGGAGAAAGCCAUAAGGAUCCCCAGGAAAGUCCUCCGCUUGCAGAGCGGGCUGGAGAACCUGAGCAUGACCCCGAUGGGGAGCUUGAGGAGGAUCUACAAGGAGAAGCGUACCCCUGUGAACACUGUGAGCGCCACUUCACCUCCAGACAGGGUCUGGAGCGUCAUAUACACAUUCAUGGCAACAUCAACCAACAAGCACACGUCUUUAAGUGCCGAUACUGCAAUAAGCCUUUCAGCUCACAGGUAGGGCGCCGACGGCAUGAAAGGAGGCAUGAAAAUGGAUCAAAAAAGAUGCCCGGCUCUCAGGCUGGAGUUGCUGGCCUCCUCAGUCCUGCAGCGCAGACUGAUUCAAGUCCUGACUGCACCAGCCCAACCAGUCAAUAUGUAGCCAUAAGGUCCCAGUUUACUGGAGGACAAGUAAAAAAUUCUGAAAUGCAGAGAAAGGAGUUAGGACCCCACACUAAUCGUCCUUCAAUGUUUGAUGAAAAUGGGGAGUCAAAGGAGCUCCAUCCCUGCAAGUAUUGUAACAAAGCGUUUGGCACUCACACAAACAUGCGCAGACACCAGCGCAGAAUACACGAACGACACUUGUUGCCGAAAGGAGUUCGCAGGAAAGGCAUGCUGCUGCAGGAAGCAUCUGCGCAGCAGGCGGGGGAGUCCCCUGGCACCAUCCCCCCUCCCGUCUACAUGCCCAGCGCAGACACAGAGGACGAGGCCGACAGAGACGAUUACGCUGUCGACAUAUCCAAAAACAUUUCCGAAAACCUCAGUUUCUAUAUUGAUGGCAAGAUUGUGUCAACCAGUGCAGCGAGCACCUGUGAGGUGAUAGAAGUGGACACGAGGUCAGCAGCUUUGUUUGGUCUGGACACGGUCAUUAUCAACCCAAAUCAGAUUAGUCAAGCACUGAAGGUGGAGGCUAGAACGAGUGCUGGAAAGCCAGUCUCCAGCAAUGAGCAGCCUGCAGCAAAAAGGAGAACAUCAACACCCCCUCUUGUUACUGGUCUGAAGGUAGAGACGGAAGCGGCUCCAUCACCUUCAUCCUCUACGUCUUCCUCAUCCAACUUGUUGGUGGGAGGACUUUUCCAGCAAGAUUCAUUAACACUUCAGAGGGAGAAAACCAUUUAUCUCUCACCUAAACUCAAACAGCUCCUUCAGACACAAGACUUCCAAAAAUCAACAAUAGCCCUCAUUACAGAGAGUCACAGACUGCCCACGCUUCCAGGUGCUUCAGGAAAGUUCAAAAGAAGGACAGGUUCUCCGCCUUCAUCCCCACAGCUCAGUCCUACGGCAACAACUGAAAGCUGUAAAACAGAAGCGGUGAGCGGAAACGUCCUCAAGGUGCCAAAACUAGAAAACCAUAGUGUGCUGUCUCCUGAAAGCCUCCUGGAUGAGGAUGAUGGGGAUUCUCCAAGCUCCUCUGGAAAUCAAGCCUCCUCCAGCGAUGGAGGAAGCUCCUGCAACCAGCAGCCCUUGGAUCUGUCCAGCUCUGUCAGCCGGCGAAGCGAUGGCUCGGACGAGGUGACUUCAGAUUCAGCUCUGGAUUUAAGUGUGCAUCGGAAAACCUCUGUAGAACCAGAUGUAAAGGGAAGUCCGGCGCCACAGCCGCUGAUAAAAAAGAAAAAGCCAAACACCAGUAUGCUGGAAAAGGUGCUCAUGAACAAGUACGUUGGUCUGACUUUACCAGGAGAGGAGGGGCCUUCAACCCUGGCAAACCUAAACUGUUUUCGUACUCAGUCGCCAAACGUUGCAUCGGAGUCUGCCCACCCAUCUCCACCCUCCCUUACCCCGGUCACAAUUAAUCCCUCUUCGCCCAGCUCCUGCAGCGUAACCUCUCAAACACCUCCUCCUCCCGUUCUCCCCACCAUACCAUCUCCUCCGAUGCUACCCGGCUCUCCUCAGGCUUCGGACUCACCCGCACAGAGACCCCUCCCUGUCCUCUCACCAAAAAUGUCUCCAACAUCUGAUGAACACAAGUCUCUGUCAGAUUCCAUUGAAAACUUCUCAUCUGAGGAAAACGAGGAUGAAGAGGAGAGCCACAUUUCUGAGCCACAAGUUUACCCAAGCACUCCACUCAAAACUCCUUGUAAUCAACCAGUGACAUCAAGUCCUCCUGGGCCUACAUCAGUAGAUCUUCUGGCUAAAGAAGAUGUUGAUGUUUCUCUUUCUGCAGUAUGUAACAGUCUAACAAACGGCAGCUUAACCCGGGACACUGUUGAAGAAACAAAGAUGUCUUUGAAAGCUAACUUCGCUGCUCUCACCCCUCAACCUGAACUGCCAUCAUCUUCCAAAUCUCCUCCUCUUGCAUCACACAAGUCAUCUUCAUCAGCAGGUUUACAAUCUCCCCCUCAGAUUGAAGUGAAAGAGGAGCCUCUGCCCUCUGAAGAUGACCUGUCUGUUGCAAACCACUCGCCUCACGCGUCUGCUGAAUCCUCACCUCUGCCUGCGGAUCUUGAAAAACUGUCCUAUAAAACCCCGGAGGCAGAGGAAGCCGACUCAACGUAUUGCAAGACCUUCGUGUGCAACGUGUGCGAGGAGCCGUUCGACUCCAUCAAAGACCUCAGCAGGCACAUCACGGAUCAUGCCGCGGACUGGCCCUUUAAAUGCGAGUUUUGCGUCCAGCUGUUCGGCGACGAGGCAGCCGUGCUGGCCCACCGGACAACGCUGCACGGGGUGGGUCGGAUCUUCCUGUGCUCUGUCUGUUCCAAAGAGUUCGCCUUCCUCUGUAACCUCCAGCAGCACCAAAAAGACCUGCACCCGAACGAGUUGUGCACACAUACUACUGUUGAGAGUGGCAAACUCAGGCCACAGAAUUAUACUGAUCCGUCCAGAGCCAAAGAAGAGAGUGCUCCCUCAACACCAGUGCCAGGAACGCCGAAUGAAAAUGACUUGAUGGCGAAAGAGGAGGCUGGCGUGAACGGUAAUAAUCCAGAGGAUCCUAAUGAGGAGCUGUACACUACGAUUAAGAUCAUGGCUUCAGAGGGAGGGAAGCCUAAAGGUCCUGACGUUCGACUUGGCAUCAAUCAACACUAUCCCAGUUUCAAACCACCACCUUUCCCCUACCAUAGCCGUUCCCACACUGCUGCGGUGGCCUCUGCUACAAACUUCACCACCCACAACAUACCGCAAACCUUCAGCACUGCCAUCCGCUGCACCAAGUGUGGCAACAGCUUUGACAACAUGCCCGAGCUGCACAAGCACAUACUGGUCUGUGCCAACGCCAGCGAUAAAAAGCGUUACACUCCCAAGAAAAACCCGAUUCCGCUAAAACAAAUAGUGAAGAGCCCCAAUGGAGUGGUGUCGUCCACAGCAGCAGCCGAAGCAGCAGCAGCAGCAGAGGCUGCCGCUGUCACAGUUCAGAGUGCUUUCCGUCGGAUGGGGCAGCCGAAGAAACUCAACUUCAAUCAGGAUACAGGAAAAACAAAAAUGAGCGCCCUCAGUAAGAAGAAAAACCAGCUGGUCCAGAAGGCGAUCUCGCAGAAAAAUAAAGCGGUCAGUACUGCAAAGAAGGCUGCUGUCAAAGCUGAAGAGGAGCCAGUCUCUAACGUCUGCCCCCACUGCAGCCGGGCGUUCACCUACACGGCUAGUCUGAAUAAACACAUGGCGGUCAGCUGUCCAAUGAAACCGGUCGUUGCUAAAAAGGGCAGAAAGGGUUUGGCAGAGGUGAAAAAGGAGCCUGUUUCUUUAGUGGAUAAAAACACAAAUAAGAAGAGACUUUCAGAGGGUGAUGUGCAAACAGUGGCAGAGGCUAAACCUCCUGGAAAGAGAAGAGCCCGUGGUUUAAAUGCAGCAGACCCUGAAUCCACCGAGGCAAGCAAAGGAAAACCCCCUUCUGCAGUGGGCCGAUUAAAAAGGCCCGCCUCGCUCUCUGCGCCUGUUUCUGCCCGCAAAAAACUCAAAAAGGGCCAAGCUCAGGCCCUACCUCCCCCUACCCCAGCCGCAGACACUCCCAGUGACACAGCACAACGGCCAACCAUGAGGAUGCAGCGCAUGGGCAAAAAGCCAGCAGCUAAGAGAUCAGCAGAGGUCAAACCACCGCCAGCACCACAGCUGAAAAAAGAGGAGCGGGUCUCCCUCAGAAAGAGGGACAGAGCAGGGGGGCCAGUCACCAGGAGCUCACAGAUGGCCAACGCUGCUCCUCCUGCUGAGGUGAAGACUGAGGAGCAACCGAUGCAAGAGACGACAGACCCUCUGGAGGUGCCGAUGAAGUAAGCCAUGGUGACCGUGUCGGGUUUCUCUGUGGAAUACAGAGUUCACCUUUCAGGCAAACCCUCCAGACUCAUCAAGGCAGUGAGGACCAUGAUGGUUUUUAUCCAUCUCAACCAUGUCUGCCUGUCUCGGCUGCCUUUACUGGAUUUAAGGAGGGAACUCUUUAUCUUCCGCUUAUCUUACGGACUAAACUGAGCCUUGAAUUCUGCCAGCCUUGCAAAAAAAUUGGAAACUGUAGAUUAUGGUGACAUAAUAUGAACAAUUUGUGUCAUACUUGACCCAAAACGGUAAAAUUAGGGCUUUGUGUUUUUUUGUUUUUUGUAAGUUGAUCUAUUGCAAAUGGCAAUCAUGUGUCAGAUAGGGUGAAUUCACUAUUUCUUUUGUUCCAUAUUUUCCCCUCUUUGGGUUGUUUAGGUUUUUGAUUCUCCUGAUGCAUGCGCUGAGUAGAGGAAAAACUAGAUUGAACCAGUCCUUAUGUGUCUCCCUGUGGGCAGUACUUAAGUUUAAACAUGAUUUGCAAAAUAUGUAUGUUUUUUGAUUUUUCAAAUGUUUGUAGCCUCUAUAUUGUAGAAUAAAUCUUAUUGGCUAUUUUUGUUUGGGGGAAACAAACAUCAAAAUGGCUGCAAACAAUGUUUUUCUGCAGCAAUUGGUCCUCAGGAACACUGUAUUAGCGUGUGGUAGGUAUUGUUAUGGUUGGAUGCGCAGCCAGACCGCUCUUCCUUUAUGUCUACAUCUCAAAUGUGUCAUGUUUUUGCUUAAAUUUUACUUCAUCAGCCGUUGGCGAGUUAUUCCCACAUUUAGAUGAUGGUAAAGACGUGGCGAUCACCUUUUAAAAUAUCCGCCUGUUUAAACAACCCAAUGUUCCUACAGCACUUUAAAACAAACUGCCAAAACCUUAAGCUGCAUCAGCAAGAUGUGUGUGUAUAAGGUGUGUGUGAUGCAGUGUGUUCUGGUUUGCAGACAUGGGUAGUUUGUCCAAAACAUGAUGCAAAACUAAUCUUAAGUGCAACUUCUGCAGCCUUUCUGUAAACAAAUUUCUAAACUGGUGUCUAAGUUGAGGUAUUUAAACGCAUGAAAAUGGCACAUUUUUGUACUCGUGACAAUAAAAGCAUUCAGUUAGGUUUGCGCUUAGAUUAUUUUGAUUCAAGAGGCACACUGACUGUGAGGACAGAAUUUCCUUUGUUUCCUGGAGUGUCUGAAUAUGUCUUGUGAACGGAAAUAUUUGUAUUUUUCGGGUUCAGCGCCCAGCCCAUUCGUUUUGAUCAUAAUCACCCUCAGAUGUACCACAGAGAAAACCCAAGCAGUGCUUAAAAGCUAAUGUAGCAUGUUAUUGGAAAUGAAUUGGACAAUUAAGAAUUGAAGAUAAUUUAUAUUUCCAUGAAAAUUAUGUUUUUCCUCUCAGCAUUAAAGAUGAUGUAUUUAAGGAUGAACAAAGAUGAAAAAAUCCCAAAUGACCUCAAGUAAAACAUUGUUGUAAUUGAAAUGAUAAAUAAUAAAAAAAAAAGUUUUUCA